AUGCAAGAGAGGAAAAGAAAUAUAUUGUAUUUAAUACUUCAUCAUCUUAAGCAAGAAGGAUACUAUAAUAGUGUUGCUACAUUUAUGAAUGAAGCCCAAUUAUGUAACUCAUAUCAAAUUUGUGAUAAUGUAGAUCUUCCAUUAAUUAUCCAAGAUUUUGAAAAAAUUUCUUGUAAUUUUUAUGUAAUAUCAAUAUCACUUUUUCAUUAUUCUGUUAAUAAAUUUAAUGUCACUGAUUCAACAAAUCUUUCUACAAAAAUAGACAACAAUUAUCAAAAUACAAACAAACAACCUACAAAUUUAAAUGAAAAAAAAAUUAAUGGAGAUUCAAACUUUCUCUCAGUUGUACCACUGGGAAAUGAAAAUAUUUCAGAAGAUGUACCAUUCAAAUCUCAAAAAAUAUUAAAACCACUCGGAAAUUUCAAGAAUCAAAGUAGUGAAUGGCUGGCAAUGGCUGAACUAAUUACUAAGGAUAUUGUUCUACAAGACUUAAAUGUCAGAUGGUCUGAUAUUAUUGGAUUAGAAGAUGCUAAACGAUUACUAAAAGAGGCUGUAGUUUAUCCAAUUAAAUAUCCAGAAUUAUUUAAAGGCCUUUUAUCACCUUGGAAAGGUUUGUUGUUGUUUGGACCUUCAGGCACUGGAAAAACACUUUUAGCUAAAGCAGUUGCUACAGAGUGCAAAACAACAUUUUUUAAUAUAACUGCUAGUACAAUUGUAAGCAAGUGGAGAGGAGAUUCUGAAAAACUUGUUAGGGUUAUGUUUGAUUUGGCAAAAUACCAUGCACCAUCUACAAUAUUUUUGGAUGAAUUAGAUGCUUUGGCAUCAAAACGUGAUGGAGGUCAUUAUUCCAGUGAGCAUGAAGCUUCAAGAAGACUCAAAACAGAAUUAUUAAUACAGUUAGAUGGUUUAUCUCAAACUGAAGAGCAAGUCUUUUUUUUGGCAACUUCUAACUUACCAUGGGAACUUGAUCCUGCCAUUUUAAGAAGACUUGAAAAAAGGAUUUUGGUUGACGUUCCCAACAUGGAAGCUCGUGAAUCUAUGUUUAAACAUUACUUGCCAAAAAUUGUUAAUAAACAUCCUCUUCUUAAAACUGAUAUCAAUUAUGAACUUUUAGCAAAGGAAACAGAAGGAUAUUCCGGUUCUGACAUACACUUAGUAUGUAAAGAAACUGCAAUGGAAACUACUAGAAAAAUAUUUCAAGUAUUGGAAAAUAACUCAAACAUUAAUAAUGAUUAUUCCAAAUUGGAAUUAAAAACGAUAACUACAAAUAAUGUUCAAAUAGCAUUACAAAAAACUAAGCCUUCAGCACAUCACCUUGUAGAAAUGUACAAAUCUUGGCAAAAUAAAUUUGGUUCAGUGUAA